AUGUCGGUAGGCGCAUUAACUAAAACUUUUACGCCGGCGCCCUCUUGUACUACAGAAAGUUAUGGCUGGUGGUUCUAUGAAAGCUCCAAUUUGGCGACUUCGCCGGAAGUUACCGCAGCAGAUGCCAAUGUCGAGUGGUAUCUGAGUCUCGGUCCAUCGGUUUGGAAAAACUGCAUGCCAUCCGACUAUGCAACCGGCUCGUCUUAUUUUUCACCUGGAACCUGUCCGCAUGGCUACAUUGCUGCUGGUCAAACAAGUCUCGCAAUUGAUAACGAAGUAGUCACCGCUACAACAUGCUAUAAUGCGCAAACAGGAAAUGACAACUACUGGUACACUAUCAACCAGUGCUCCUCGUCAAACACCGACACCGAUUCCGAAUACACCUACACCGAAGGAGAUAUCGUCACUUCCUACGACGGUUCAUAUGAUGUAAACGCCAAGGGUAUCUCUAUUCGCUGGAAAGAAGCCGACUUCGCAACCACAACCACGUCCUCGUCCUCAACCACCUCUCGCACAGGCACAAACACAAGCACCUCAACCAGUAAGGUGUCGGACUCAAGCUCCAGUGCAAGGCUCUCACCAGGUGCCAAGGCUGGUAUUGGUGUUGGUGUCGGCCUCGCUGUCCCCUGUUGA